CUGCACGCAGCGCAUGCAAAGCCUAAUAUUACCCUUCAGCAACCCUUGGGCCAAAGGGCACACGGCGUGAGGUUCAAGCGAAUUGCACAAGCGUGAGCUUGGCGAGCGUUUCGCCUCGCCAUGCCGGCCGUCAGGAGAUUCUGGAGGACGAAGCGCCGGCUUCUCGCAGCACUCUGCGUUUUAUCCACGAUAAUUGCUUUGUGCUCUCUCUUUCCGAGAAUGGCGGAUAUCAUCGGCCUGACCAGUCGCACUACAGUGGAAUGGCGACGAAUGACCGCUCCUCAGUGCAAGUUUGUGUGUAGCCGGUCUGUGGAUGGUGUCUGCGUUCCACUAGAUCUGGCCAUCUUCGUCUACAAGAAAGACGUCCCGACGAAAAACAUGACUUUUGACUUGCAAAACUUCAACCCCGUUGUCAGUAUACCGCGGAAAAAUAACGAUACUGGAAAGAUCGGAGUGCUUGAGGUAGAGCAGUGCAGCUUGGAGGAACACUUUCCCGGCGUAGAGCUCAUCCCAAGGCAGGGCAGCUGCGCCGUGGUCGGCAACGGCGGCAUCUUAAACAACAGCAGCUGCGGGGAUUUCAUAGACUCGCACGACUUUGUCAUUCGCGCCAAUAUGGCAGAAUUAAAACGCUUCGAAGUCGACGUUGGUCGCAAAACUAAUCUAACUGUGUUCAACAUGCAACUUUUAAACCAAUAUAGCCAGGCCAUUUUUUACAGUCUGUUUCCCUGGCAACGCAGUGUUAGAGAUCGAUUCUUCGAUCACAUUCGUUCUUUGAAUAAGUCGAUAAUCUGGUAUCCGAAACUGCUGUUCCGAAACAGGAAAAUGGAGAAAGCGGGAAGACAGUAUCACACCAUAAUCGAAACUCUCAGGAAAUUCGACUAUUCGGACAUUCGUUUCGCCUUCAGCUGGAAAUCAAUCAGUAUAGAAAGAGCUUAUCGUCUAAGCAAAUACGGCACGCUAGGAUUCGACUCAUUCGCAGCCGCUCGGACGUUCUGCUCCAACAUCACCCUUUUCGGCUUCUACCCGUUCUACAAAGAUCUGGAGGGCCGAGACGUCAAGUACCAUUACUACGACGCUACGACCUACAACUUUGGUGGGGAAAAGGAGAACCACGAUUUUCACGUGGAAUACAGAAUGUUACAGGACCUCGAAAAACAAGGACAGCUCAAACUGGUAGUAAGAGACUGCAAGCCCAGGAACCAGACAUUAUUAGAGAAGAAAUUUCACCGCAGUCUCCAUUUAACGUAGCUUUUGUUUGGUUACGGAACAGGCAAGCACGACGUUUCCUGUAUUUCGUUAAGUUCGACAACUGUCGAGCAAACAUCUAAAGGAAGUCAUAAACAUCCAAAUCACGAGCAGAUGCCUGCCUAUGACCCGAUACAGUCUGGUGCAUAGGCACUGCUUGCUGUCAGAUGUUGUUUGAAGCAUGUCGAGUGCAACAUACUCACUCAGCGGGAAUUUCUACUUUGGAAUUGAUAUGAGGGUCCUUCUGUUAAUCUCAAUUUUAAUCGGGAAUCGAUGAGAUGCAACAGAAUGACAUGUAGUAAGCAAGUAUCAGGAAUGCAUUGGAUUAUAAUAGCAAGUCCAACUGAGACAUAAUAUCUUGACUGCACCACUUUUGUGGACAGUAUUGCCAAAUGUCAUGAAAAUCGGGAACACCAAAGAUGUGCACUGAGUUAUACAGUAAAUGUUUCGAAAUGUUACAUAAGGCACGUCGUGUUAGCAAGUACAGGAGUUUUAUCCCAUUGCAGAAGCAGAGACACUGAUCUUUAAUCAUCUUGAUUUAUCACUGAAAUUUGCACAAUCAUUUUAUUCAUACCAAGAGUUUGUGUGUAUUUCAGCCUAUCAGGUAACUGGACUUAGCAAACUUUGUGUUUGAUUAGAAAAACACAGCUCAUUGAUAAACUUAACCCCAGCAGUCAGCACUUGGUCUUUAGUCGAUUUUAAAAAAGCCUACUUUAAUUUUUUUUUAAUCUGAUUUUUUAAAUUAAAAAAGGCGUGAUUUUUAUCAA